CGUCGAAUUCGUCGGAAUUUAUGAGGGCGCUACAACCUGGUCUCCCCAAUCCGGCUAUGUUGCCCCAAAACUGGCCUCUUUUAAUUAUAGAUCUCAAGGACUGCUUUUUUACUAUUCCAUUGCAUCCAGAUGACACCAAGCGCUUCGCCUUUACCUUACCUGCCCUGAAUAAAGGAGAACCAGCCAGGCGAUUUGAAUGGACUGUAUUGCCACAAGGGAUGAAAAACUCACCUACUUUGUGCCAACUGUCCCCUAUGGGUUCCGGCUAAAUGGACUAAGCCUGUUGUCACUGAUGAGCAACCCACAACAGAGGAAGGCGAGAAGAGUACAGAGGAAGAUCUCACAAAUCCUGCAGGAAGUUGAGCAACGGUUUCGCGUUACCUUCCUUGUGGAAUCUGAACAGGAGAUAGAGGAUCAUCUCCUUCCACAUCUGCAGAGACAUUUUUUACACUUUUGCCAAUCUGCUUGCUUUGCAUGUAAUUGUAGUGAUCAUAAGGCGUGGGUAAGAUUGUUUUGCGGAGGUUGUAAUUUACAGUGGUGGGUCCACCAGCGACAUCUAUCAGAAGGGUUUUGGUGUCAGUCUUGCAGUUUUCACUGGCACCGUGAGACGGCUCAAGGAGCAUUGGUACAACUCACAGGCAAAAAUAUCAUUGACAGUUUGCAAUUAGUUGAAAAUCUUGAAGAUCUGCGGCUAAGAGAAUUAGCGUGGUCAGUACAGCAUUUAGCAAAAAAGAUCUUAGCAGAUAGUUACUCUGUAGUUUUGCAAUCCUCCUGCCAAUUAAAUAUCGGGGUCCCCAUUCAGUGGCAAGUUGAACCAAGAAAGUGGGAUCAUGUUUGCCGGCGGUUUAAGCAUCGUGCUGCUAAUCGCAGGCUCAGUAAUGGGUCACAACCUUCCCUACCCUCCUAAGGUGUUUGACCCUAGAGAUAAUAUCUGGGUUUCCUUGGCACGCGAAUUAAACACCACAACAUUCUGUGCCUCCUUAGCCACACCCAGUACUCCAUUUUUAACAUGCUUAGUUGGAGUACCUUUAACAGAUAAUACAUGGCGCAACUUUGUAGUCGAGACCCAGAAGCAGCUCAAACCUAUUUGGCAGUUGAAUUCCACAAAAAAUAUUACUCAUGGCCUACUAGACUAUGAUAUCUGGGAUGAUAAACUCCCGGUGGGCCCUGAGCCACAAGAAAUAGAACUAGUUGAUUCCCUUAACGCUACAGCCUGUAUCUAUAUUAAUAGUUCACGCAAUUUAUGCCAAGAGGGCAGCCUUAGUGGCUGUCGAAUGAAUACAUCCAGCCCCACCUUGAUUAAUCCUGUUGGCAAUGCUUCACAGUGGGACUUAGAAUGGUGCAACGUUACCGUGAGAAAUCGAUCUCUUGCAGCCCCUGGAACGUUUUUCCCUCGAAAGUUACCCAGAGGGUUUUUCCUAAUUUGUGGGAAUCGUGCCUGGUCAGGUAUCCCAUCCAAGCCUGUAGGCAGGCCCUGUACCUUUGGCCAACUGAGUCUUGCACUUCCACAGCACCAUCCUAAUGCUACACACCGAAUACGGUGGAAGAGAUCUUUAGCAGAAACUAUAACAUCUGAUUGUGAGGAUGACCUCACGCUGUGGAGCAAAUUAGAAGUGCUUUUUACCUCCCUUUUUGUUCCUGGUGCAGCUGCAGCACGAGCUCAUCGUCACUUAGAAAAACUGACAUGUUGGGUAGUCAAACAGGCAAAUGGUACCAGCCGAGUGUUGUCUGAACUUGCAGAAGACCUGAGUUCAGUCCAGCACGCCCUGCUUCAGAAUAGAGCAGCUAUAGAUUUUUUACUCUUAGCCCAUGGCCAUGGCUGUGAAGACUUUGAAGGAAUGUGCUGCAUGGAUCUUGAAGAUCAUUCUAAAUCCAUCCACGCCGAAAUUAAGAAUUUGAUUGAACACUCCCAAAAGAUAAAAAAGGACUCCGGAUUUUUCGGAUUAGAAGGACUUACAGAGUGGAUGGGCUUAGAAGGAUGGAUGAAAAGUGUGAUCAAAUCUUUAAUGCUAUUGCUAAUCAUUGUUUUGCUUGGUUUACUUAUGCUUAGCUGUAUAAUGUCAUGUGUAAAAAAUUUAAUUUUGAAGUCAGUCAAUAUGACUAUGAUCAUGCAAAAAGAAAACGGGGGAAGUGUUGAGAGUCUUUCUGAAGAAUGGCUAAAAAGCAAAGGUCAUGAUGACAUAGCGGGAUUAGUAAAGAUGCAGACUUGGCAAGGAUACUAAAUCCUUGUGCAAGGAGUUGUAUAAACAACAGGAUGUGAGUCCAGAUAAGUAAGUUGAAAGAAACCAUAUGGAAGAGAAAAUAAGACCCCUACGUUUGCAGAUCUCAUGGAAUAGCUCCCACCAAUAAGGAGCUCAGCUUUUGCAAUAUGUAUGAGCUAAUUAGUAGUACUAUAAGUAUGUGUAGAUUAUUACAAUAAACGAGACUUGCUGACCACAA